AUGAAUUGCACUGGCUUAACAGAACCCCUUUGGGACUCGGGUUCAGGCCAGCCAAAUGCACCGGAUGCAGAAAUCUUGAUUAUUGUGCGCGCUGACCUCAUCCUGGAGGCACAACAACCUAGCAAUCCUCGAGACUCAUCAAGAACAACCGUCCCUAAUGAGGCAUGGCGCCUGGGUAGCGGGGAUCUGGCGGAAGUUUCUCAUAUCUUCUUCCAUCCAAUUGCACCGCUGGAUCUGGAGACUCGUAUGAGGUUCAAUUGUUGCAACGAAGGCACUCCCUGUGAUUCUUGUCAACUGAGGCAAAGUCCAUGUAUUUAUGAUCGAAAUGCGGAUCAGCGCAGGCGAGCUGCAACCCAGAAGAACACCCAAGAACUGAAUCGCCAGCGGACGCUCCUUGGAGGGAUACUCGCUAUCAUACAGUCAGCACAACCCGACAAAAUCGAUUACCUCUGUAACCUCAUCCGCGGCAAUGCGACCCUUACAGACCUUGCGACUCAUAUCGAGAGUUCGCUUAUUGCCGACCCGGAGGUUUUCGAAUUGUCCCAGCAAUUCAUGCGCUCGAAGGAGGAACAAACUCAAGGGCCUACGGGCUCGAGAAGAUCCAAUGAAGAUCGGAUUCGACCGCAAUCUCUCAUCCUUCCCCCUAUUCCACAACUGGCUUAUCCAUGGACCACACUCGCGUCAGAUGAAGUCAUUUCUCAUCUCGUCUCGCUCUACUUUACCUGGGAGCAGCCUUGUCUUCAGUUCGUCGACAAGAUGGCGUUUUUAACAGACAUGAAGGCUGGAGGUGUUGCAAGACCCCAUUCCUUUUGCUCUCCAUUGCUAGUGAGCGCUCUUCUCGCACAAGCUUGUCUUAUCAGCCAGCGAGCGGAAUGCCAAGUCCUCCGCACCCGAUUUCUCGGAGAAGCCAAAAUUCGUCUCGAGCUCCAACGAGGAAGAGCUUCGGUGACUACACUCCAGGCCCUCGUGCUCUUGUACCUGCAUGAGGGCGUAACUGGUCGCGAUCGGAUUGGCCGCACAUAUUACCUUCAAGCCAUGGACAUGUGGCGCCGAUUAGGUUUCAACCAAUACUGUUCGAGGCCAUAUGAUUGCGAAGAAUCUGCUGCUGCGCGUCAAGACUGGAGAGCCAAGACAGUGGCAGUCUGGGGCAUUUUCUGCGUCGAAAACUUCAUGUCCUUUCUAAGUGGCUUUGAGCCAAUGUUAUCCGCGCCUCGGAUGGAAAGGUACUUCGAAUUCCAUUCAGCAGAAGACUGGACCGACCUCGACGCUCGGGAUGGCGAUUGGAGUCCUUAUCCAAUGCAAAGACCUGAGCAGCGGGCUCUUCUGGCAAAGACUCUGAGUGCUCUUUCCUCACUUUGCCAAAUACAUCAUGAGAUAUCGGCAUGGAACAAUAACCCUCCCGACAAUGUUCCUCUUGGAUCUGCACAAGAUUUAGCCUUCCGAUGCCACAGCUUCAAGAACCUUGCCACUUGGAACGCGCAGUUGCAUCUCAGCCUAAGACCAAGCGCGCGCACCAUGGCACAUACCUACUAUCUCAAUAACCUCUACCAUGCCACCCACAUUUCCCUGUUUCGCCCUCUACAAGAACUUGAAGGCGUGCGAAUGCCGAUCGAGAUCGGUUCACCAAGAGAUUUGUGCUUCAAGCAUGCCUCGGAAUGCAUGGAAACGAUUUGGGCAUAUCGAAAAACCUUCUCGCUGCGGCAUAGCUCAUGUAUAGGACUGUUGGGGCCCUAUAUGGUAGUACUUACACUAUCUCCACAGCUGAGAGAUGGCGCUCACAAGAAUGAGCCUUUUAUUCGAGCCUGCCAGGCUCUGGUCGAACAUUCCGAGAAUUUCCCGGUAGCACCAUAUAUUCUAGCCAUGCUUAAAGCGCUGGAUAUGGAACACCAAUUCGGGUUCCCCAAAGAGGCAAUAAUGAUACUCCAGGAAUCAAGUCUUCAGCCCGAAGAACUGGAAGAUAUCCCUGUGGAGAUGCGCAUUCCAAUUCUGACUCGGAGUCGUGGUGUUGCAGGCGACCCUGGAUCUUCGCCGGUAGCCACAACGGAGUCAGUGGGAGAGCUUCUUGCCCGUUGGGCAGGUCCCUUCGAGUGA